UCGGGAGGUGCUCUUCGUUGCAGACAGAUUGGGAGGCGUCAGCGCCAGACUCUCGGGCGAUCAUUGGUGUCCAUCACUCAGUGUCUGAUGCCCACGACGCAAAUGUGCGUUGAUACGUGACGACCUUGGCAAUACCUGCUGCUGUUAAUUACCGCCAACACGUGACAAUACGACACGUGCGGAAGGACCUUUUAAGUGACGAGUGACUCUGCCAUCACCGGCAACGAGUGUCUGUGCUUCUGGAUCUCAAGUGACAAUCGAGGAAAUAAGAGUCUGCAGCGCCUGGACGUCUGCGAUGCCUCUGAGACUGUGACUCAGCUCGGGGAUCCUUCCUGUCGCAUCGCCAGCGCUCCUACUACACCUGUUUGUGACGUCAUUGGGCACGGUCAUUGCAAACUCGAAGACAUGAUGAGCGCCUUCCCCUACCCGGCCAUGCUGGGCGUGCAGCAUCUCAUGGGCGGCGACAUGCGUCACGCCCCCCAGCUGAACCCCGGCCGCCGCCCGGACCAAGACCCGCACGUGCACAGCCCCUUCUACCAGCGCGACGCCGCCCACCACGCGCCCGUGCGGGACGACCACCCGUCCGCCCAGGACUCCAUGCAGCUCCUGCGAAGUGACCUGCUGGGGCUGUCGCGGGGCCAGGUGGUCGCGCGGGACCUGUCACGAGACAUGGGCGUGGCGGGCGGCCGCGACGAGGCGGUGUCUGUCCCGCGGGAGCUGGCGGGCCUGCAAGCGCUCGACCACUCGAUGGGCGGCAACAUCGAGAACCAGGACCCGGCGGGCGGCGGUGGUGGCUGCGUCACGCCCACCGCGGUCAAGGAGGAGCGCGACCACCGCGACGACGGUACCGGCGGAUCUUGCAGCGACGACGACGGCGCGCGAAGCGGCCCCGGGGGCGGACCGCGCGAGUCCCUCGGGCCCGGGGGCAAGAAAGUGCGACAGCAAAAACACGUGAGACUUUCUGUUAAUGCACGCGAGCGGCGACGAAUGCACGACCUGAACGACGCACUGGACGACCUGCGCGCUGUCAUCCCGUACGCUCACUCUCCCUCCGUCAGGAAGCUCUCCAAGAUCGCCACCUUGCUCCUCGCCAAGAAUUACAUCCUCAUGCAGUCCAACGCCAUCGAGGAGCUGCGGCGCGUGGUGACGUACCUGAACCAGCCCGGCGCGCACCUGCCGCACCUGCCUCCGUCGGCGGCCUUCGAGACGGGGCUGGGCGGCGCGGACUCGGCGGGCGCGGGGGCCCUGCCACCGGGCUUCCCGCGCCUCCCACGCAGCCCCACAACCCGCCGCACCCGCAGCAGCAGCGGAACAGCAAGCCGCAGCCGCUGUUCAACGACCCGUCUCCUCCUUACAAGUCUCAGUCCUAACGGGUCUUCUCGAGAACCGUAGCGAGGAAUCUUUCGCCGUGAAGCGAGACGAGCGCUAUGCUGUGGCGGUGAUUCUUGAGGACUGAGGACCGAGGGAGCUUUCUGAGGGCAGGACAGAGUGAGGGGGACCAACAGCCGAUACUCGUCACCGUUCCUUCAGGUCGUGCAUCCGCCGCCUCUCCCGUGCGUUGACAGGCAGCCAUGUAUCCCGCGGCAACACGUGCGAAUACGUGUCGCGCGUACUUCGUUUUCGCGCAGUCGUCCCGCGGUGCUGCCUCUGUGUCGCUUGCUCAACACGACCCCCUUGGUCGGCAGAGAAGCACUGAUAGCUUGAGUCUCUGGCUUGGGACACGAUUAUCUCCUCGAUCAUUUGCUUAUUCCUUUCCUAUUUCCGUUAUUUUUUCCAUGGGUUCCUCCUUCCUCCCUUCUUUUUCCAGCUCUUUUGUUCCUGUCUCUUAACCCCGGAGCUUUCUUUAUCUGUGUAAUUUAUGUAUAACCUGUGAUGAUAUUUCGAUUCCUAAACCUGUCUCCUGAUGUCCGUUAUCUUACUUUAUAAACUUUAUCACACUCAUCCCUUCAGGCCUUCAUUUAGUAACGUUUGCUCAGGCUCUUUUUUAUUCGUCACCCUUCAUCUACACCUCCCAUUUACAGAAUAUAAAUUAGUGAAACCUAAACGAAAGCUAACAAAAAAAUGAAUAAAAAAAGAUAAAAACAUAAAAGGGGAAACGCGGUGCUCCCAACUCGGACUAGACCUUCUCAAGACUGGAAUUAAUCAUACCACUGGAAUUGUGUGUGUGUGUGGAUGUGUUAUACCAUAGUAUAGUUUGAAUAGACAGACCAAGUGAUGAUGUCCGCACCACAGUGACUGCGGAUGGACAAGAAGUCUUUGUGCGUACAGAGAGACAGAUCAUGCAGAGCAAGUCAUGUGUCCAUGGAUUCACUGUGCCACUGUCAUGCAUGUGAUUUUUUUUUCUCUCACCUAGGAAGGGUCCUUGUGACUUUCUAGUCCACUGCAUUAUGAUGAGAUGUAUCACUGUGUGACCUUUGUAUAUAAUAAAGAAGACGUUGUAUGUAUUGUAUA